ACAAAAUAAAGUGAGAUUUUUCUUUAGAACAGCACUGCUGUUUUUGUGAUGUGUCACACUGUGACUAAAUGCUGUGUCUGCAUCCAAUCUCUGCUGCUUUCCUCUCAGCUUUGAGCUCCCAGCAGCAGGUGCCACACCUUAUGAUGGCUUCAAAGAUGUCCUUCACCGUACAUGCCCAGAAUGACCAGUUAGUCACAGGGGACAGGCUCACAUCCAGUUCCUCCUCCUACCAGGUGUGGUCCUUCCUGAAGCAGGCGGCACCUUUGGCAGAGUUGUGAGGUGCAUGAGGAUGGACAACAUGAAGACAGUGGCCAUCAAACUGUUCACCAAUCCACUCAGUUACUUGAAGGCUGCUGGGAUAAUACAUACAGACCUCAAGCUGGAAAAUGUGGUCAGCCAUCAGCAGGAGCAAAGUAAUUGACUUCAGCCUGGCCUGUAACGUGUCAGCUGCCAUGCCCGGCUCAUAUAUAUUCAGACCCGUCCAUACAGGUCCCAGGGGUUAUUGGGAGACAUCCAUGUCUGUGGGCUGCAUGGCUGCGUUGAUGUACCUUGGAACUCGACUCUACCCUGGCAGGCAUGAAUAUGAUAUGAUGAGGUGCAUAGUGGAGACUCAGGGUCCUGGCUCCCGUGAGAUGCACAACUGAGAUACAUCGUCUAAUUAUCUGCUCUCAGGGUGUAACACAGCUGAGGUGCAUAACCAGAGGAUCACCGUCCCUACUUAAAGCGCUGGCAGACGCUUCCUCGUUGCCAGAUCAUUGAGGAUGAAGUGUACGUUUGAUGCGGCCACACUUGAUUCUGUUGAUGCUAGGCUGUGUUCCAGCCCCGUGGCAACUCCUUGGACCUGUCUCGUGUCUGCAAAGGUUUUGCUACGUUCCCACUGCUUUCACCUACCUGCCAGCUGUGGAAUGAGUAACCUUGAUGCUUUUUAAUCUGCCGGCCAGCUACAGCGCGAGAGCCCCAACGCUGUGUUUACCUGCUUGUCAUCUAUGGAGUGAGACUACCUGCUACGUUGAGCACUUACCUGAAUGGCUGCUCUCCUGUCUACUCACCUGCCCGUCAUGGUCCUCUGAUCCUCCUGGUUCCUGCCGAUCUCCUUUACAGCCACUACUCAGCCUCCACUGCUCAACCUGGUCAGGCAACAUCAACCCCAUUGACUUGGUUUUCCUCCACCUGCUUACACUCUGUAAUAAAGACUCUUUUCUAC